AUGGCCGACCCAGCGGCCGAUCAGCCAAACCAAAACCUUCAGCCCCUCGAUGACCAGCUCCUGGAUAGCACCGUCGCGGAGCUCCAAGACCUCCGUAGCGCAAUCGAAAAUCAUAAGACGAACGAAAUCAAAGCGCUGCGCGUUCUCUGGGAGGAAAAUAAGGAGUUGCGGGAGGAGUUGAAGACCAUCACCGUGAGACUGGCGCUCCUGGAGUCGCUCUACGGUGUCGAGGAGGAGGGUGAGGACCAAGAGGAGGGAGACGGAGAUGAGGGUGCAGAGGCGGUGCGCGAAUGUAUGCGAGAGGGUACGGGGUGA